CGCGCACUCCCCGCCUCUCUCUCUUGCAAAAUGGCGGCGACAGCUCCAGCUCCGGCUACACCCGCGGCUGCCCCGGCGCAGAGCCCGACAACGGCGCCCGCCGCACCGGCGGGAAACGCUCCCCCCACCGCCGCGCCGCCCCCGCCCGCCGCGCCAGCACCGCCGCCGCAGGCCGCGCCGCUGUCGGCCGCGCUCUCGGGCCCCUUCCCCGGCGGCCGCGUGGUGCGGCUGCACCCGGUCGUGCUCGCCUCCAUCGUGGACAGCUUCGAGCGGCGCAACGAGGGCGCGGCGCGAGUCAUCGGGACGCUGCUGGGGACCGUGGACAAGCACUCGGUGGAAGUCACCAACUGCUUCUCCGUCCCGCACAACGAGUCCGAGGAUGAGGUGGCAGUCGAUAUGGAAUUUGCCAAAAACAUGUAUGAGUUGCACAAGAAAGUGUCUCCUAGCGAGAUCAUCUUGGGCUGGUACGCAACAGGUCAUGACAUCACAGAACACUCCGUCCUGAUCCAUGAGUAUUACAGCCGGGAAGCGCACAAUCCAAUCCACCUCACCGUGGACACGAGUCUCCAGAAUUCACGCAUGAGCAUUAAAGCCUACGUCAGUGCCCCAAUGGGAGUCCCUGGUAAAACUAUGGGCGUGAUGUUCACGCCUCUAACAGUGAAAUAUGUUUAUUAUGAUACAGAGCGGAUAGGAGUGGAUCUUAUAAUGAAGACUUGUUUUAGCCCUAAUCGAGUGAUUGGCUUGUCCAGUGACUUGCAGCAGGUGGGGUCAGCCUCAGCCAGGAUCCAGGAUACCCUGACAAUGGUGCUGCAGUAUGCUGAAGAUGUAUUGUCCGGCAAAGUGGCUGCUGACAACACUGUUGGGCGUUUCCUGAUGGAUCUCAUUAACCAGGUGCCAAAGAUUUCACCAGAGGACUUUGAAACAAUGUUGAACAGCAAUAUCAAUGACCUACUGAUGGUAACCUACUUGGCAAACCUCACACAGUCACAGAUUGCUCUCAACGAAAAACUUCUGAGUUUAUAAAGAAACUUCUGCCACCCUACACUUCAAAGAGCCUAAAGAAUGAACAGAUAACACUUUUCUGUGGUGGUGUUACAAAUUUCCUUGGACCGUAACUUAAUUACCUAGAUGACGUGGUUUACAUCUUUAUUUCCAUUGCCCUUAAAAAGCCCUUACAUGGUUUAGGAAAUGAAUGGGAACGACUGCAGUUUAGUCGAGCCCAGCAUUUUUAAAUGGCAUACAUGAAUCUUUUGUCUCCUGAGUUUACCUACUUGUAUAACAAAAUACAGCUUUAUCGUAAGAAUGUAUUUGAAAUAAAAGUUCCAUUGCAAUGGCAAGAAUGCCUUCUGUCCAGAAAAAAAAAACCCUAACUGUUCUCAUUUAUUGUAUAAUGAAUCCUCUUUUGAAAGAAAGGGGAGAUAACACCACAUCAGGAAGGAAAAUAAGAGUGUAUACAAGUGAACUCCAACUCUGCAAACUUCUUUGUGGGUUUUUUUCAAACUGUUAAAGCACACAAAACGUGGCUUCUUGUGCUGCUCAUGCUAGCCUUUUCCCUGGAGGAUUACAGAAUGGUUACUGGUUUAUCAGUCGUGCUGUGUGUAUGUCCUUCUUCAGCAGGGUACUGACAUGAGUAUGAGAUGGGGAAUUCAGUUUUCAUUAUGGUGUUUCUAUGCAUUUGUGAUGAUUUGUGAAAGGAAAUCAAAGUCAAUUGCAUUAGCCCCUCAUAAAGUGAGGGUUCAGAGAAUUACACUAGCAAUGGGGGGAUUCAUUGUUAAAAGGGGCUUGAAAAGCAUUUGUGGCUGAACCAGUGUAGCUACUGGAGUUGCCAUCUUUGCAAAAGAAGCAAAGCGCAGCAAAACAACACUUCAUGAAGUUUUGAGAUUAAAAUUUGGGUGUUACUAAAUAGGAACUUUCUGGUUUGUGACCUUGUACUGCUGCUAAGAUUAUGUGAGCAGAAACUUCCCAUUUUCUCCCUGAAACCGAUUUCACAUUGAAUGAGUUCUACCUGAAAGACAAAGCCAAUACCAGUCUGAGCUGUAACUUUUUACAGUCCCAGCUAAUACCAUGACCUUUAGAAAUCUGUUCACCUCUACUGAGGAGUUCAAGUGUCCCUCUUCUGCAAGAUAACUGUUCCCACCUAAUUACUAAUGACCAUUUCUGAUGGCUCACAUCUGUUUUGGUAAAUGAAUUUGAAAUGUGAGAUAAAUGUGCAAAGCCGGUGUUCCCCAAAAUAAUUUCUGUACUGAUUUGCCAGAUAAAUCCAAGAAAGGGAUUCUGGUUACAAAUCUGUAGAUUCUGAACUGGUUGCUCCAAGCAAGAAAUCCUCCAGUGACUCAGUGCUAAAUUCUAAGUUCUAAUCGCAAAGACAAUGUACAUGAAAACUGAAGGUAUAGCAAAGAUUCUAAUAUCUGAAAAUUAUAUUUGUGAGUGUUAAGUAAGUAUUAAAACUCUGCUGUUGCUUUUCAUUAGUCUGAAUAAAAAUGUUUUGUUUUC